UCGAUUCCGCAUCUAUCUACCUCUCACACACAAACAAAACAAUGAACUCUCUCAUAAUUUGCGUCUUCAUCUUCAUCCUUCCUCGUCGGGUCGCACCACAAGCAUGCCAAAAAGCCUGUGGCCAAAUACCCAUAAAAUACCCGCUCGGAUCUGGGUCGGGUUGUGGAGACCCGCGUUUCGCCCGUUACAUCACGUGCGACUCCGACCAACAGGCGUUGACUUUGGCCACUCACACCGGGUGUUACCCCAUAACCAGCGUUGACUACACGAAGCAGGUGAUUUAUAUCUCCGACCCGACAAUGUCCACGUGUGCUUGUACUCGACCCAGUAACGGGUUCGGGUUGGAUUGGGACGCCCCGUUUUCCUUCCACGACGACACCGUUUUCACCCUCCUCGACUGUUCCGUAGAUGACUCCCCCGUUUUCACGCCGUUAAGUAACGGUACCGGCCGUCUCACGCUCUGUGACCGUCAGGGCGCGUCUAUUUGCAACUACUUGUACUCCAAUUGUAGGUCAAUCAAUCUGGUAAACUUCCAAAUAUCGAGUUGUUGCGUAUACGUGCCGCUCGACCUCGGACCGUCGUUCGAAAUGGACCUUAACAAGCUCAAAUGCUCAUCAUAUUCUGGCUUUUACGGGUUCGGAGGGCAAGAAUCGAACCCGGAAAGCUGGCAAUACGGUGUCGCAUUGAAGUACAAGUUCAACGUAUUCGGCGAGUACCCGGCCGUGUGCGGCGGCUGCGAGCGGAGCAACGGUGCUUGUGGUUACAACACUCAGUCUAAUUCCUUUGUUUGCAAUUGUCCCGGGGGCAUCAAUACGACGUCGGAUUGCUCCUUCCUUGACUUCAGCGGUGGAUUUAGGCCUCUUCCUUUUAUAUCAAGUAGGCACCACGGGAUUGGGCGUUAUACUCUUUCCGUGUGGUUCUUGUUUGGGUGUUGGUGCGUCCACGUUAAAAAAAAAAUCGCAAAGAAACACAAAAUAUUUUGGCAAGUGAUCGGAUUCAAGCGACAACGAAAGAGAAGACUCCGACAGAAGCUCCAAGAAAAUUGAAUAACCAAUAAUAUAACACAUAAUAGAAAGAAAAAUACAAAAUCCAGGCUUAAAACAAUUAUCAAUUUCUCGUAUUCUAUCAUGGAUCAUAGUUGAGUUGAGUCAUGAGAUUACAUCUAAUUUGAACAUCUGUACUAGUUGAAUUGUGAGGUCUGCAUCUAAUAAUUUUAAAUAAUAUAUAUAAAGAAGAUAUCACAUGGAAAAUAUAUAAACCAACAUCCAGAGGAUCAAAUCUCUAAUAAAGCAUAUCCAGAAAAAUAAUCUCUUUUUCAUUAUGUACAUAUUGUAUAAGAACUCAUUUGUAGUCAUAAAUGAAAUGCCUUCAAUCAUCUUUUUCCUC